AUGUCGCUGGCGGUUGCGCUUUUGCUGCUGGUUCUCUGGCCGAACCCGCGUCCGUGCCGGCCCCUGGAGGAGGAGGGGGAUCAGCAGCGCCCGACCGGCGCCUGGCCGGAGCCGGACUGCGGCCCGUGCCGACUCGAGCUGUGCCCGGCGGGGCCGCUCGGUUGCCGGGCCGGCGUGGUGUCGGACCGCUGCGGCUGCUGCCCCGAAUGCGCCAACCUGGAGGGCCAAGCCUGCGACCCGGGAGGCCAAAACGUCCUCUUCGGACUCUGCGGAGACGGGAUGCGCUGCCAGGCGGAACCGAGACGCCACCAACACCACUACCACCCCGAGGACGAGGAGGAGGACGAGGAGGAGCAGGUGUGCGUGUGCCAGCGGCGCGAGGCGGUGUGCGGGAGCGACGGAGUGACCUAUUCAAACAUGUGCCACUUGAGGGAGGCCGCCUACUCUGACCCCAAACUGCACAAGAAAGGGAAGGGCCCUUGUAAGACGGUCCCGAUCAUCAAAGUGGCCCCUAGAAGUCAGGUGAAUGGGAGCGGCAGCCAUCUGGUCUUCCUGUGCGAGGUCUUCGCCUUCCCCAUGGCGGCCGUGGAGUGGCGCAAGGACGGCGCCGACGACGAAGCGGGCGAGGAGAGGGUCCGGGACGGCGUCCUGCCCGGAGACGACCCGCACAUCUCGGUGCAGAGUCGCGGCGGGCCGUUGCGCUUCGAGCUGUCCAGUUGGCUGCAGAUCGAAGGGGCGGAGCCGCGCGACUCCGGUACCUAUCGCUGCGUGGCCCGCAACAGCCUGGGCGCCGUCUCCGCCUCGGCCGUGCUCGGCGUGCUGUCGCCCGAGGAGCUCUCGUCCUACUCUGCCGAUCGCGCGUCUGUCGCGAACGAGCCCGGCCACGACCGUGACUCGGUCUGA